AUGGGGUUCAUCUCUCGCAUAGCCACCCUCUUCGGGCUGGUGCUGCUCGCCCACGCAGCGUACUCCGCCCACGAACACACCACCCUCUACAGCAACGCCCGACUCCCGACCUCGACAGCCCUCCCGCACGACAUCGUCAUCGAAGCCCUCGUUUCCAUCGUCUUCGUGUCUGUGGGGUUGGUCCUCGGCGCGGAGAAGCUCAAGCCAGUUAGCUGGAGCGAGUGGGCGGGGCAGAUUGAGCGUGAAGGGGGCGCGAGGAAUCCGUUUCGGAGGCUGGAGGAGCGGUAUAGUUUUUGGGAUGUGCGGGCUAAGCGGAAGGAGUUUGCUGAGUGGAUGAAGGGGGAUGUCCCUAUGGAGAAGUGA